AUGCGCAGACGUGAAAUUUGGUCAUCGAAGCAUAAGUUCAUGAUUCCUCAUGCUCAACAGCUGUUUGCAAUCUGGGCAUUAUGUAUGGUUGUUGAAUUAGCUGGACUCAGCGAAGCAAUACCAUCAUGUGGUGUUCCCGAAAAAAAUGUAUGUCGCACAGACGCCUGUAAACAAAGAGCUAAAUUGAUACUGGACAGUAUGAACGCCACCGAAGAUCCAUGCACUGAUUUCUAUGCCUACGUGUGUGGAAACUGGACAAACUCCCACAAGAUUCCUGAUGACAAGGCAAUCCUAGGAUAUCAUCACAUCCUUACUGAUAAAGCCGAGGAGGACAUAAAACAUAUUUUAUUGAACGCCACGACUAAGGAAGAUGAGCCGCAGAAUGCAACUGAUAAGGCUAUUCGCGCCUACAAAGUCUGUGUGUGCGAAACUGUGGACGAGGGAAAAGAACUUGAGGACCUGCUGCAAUUACUUAAGGAGAAAGGUUUGACCAAGUGGCCUAUACUGAAAGGGGAAGAUACACCUUAUAAAGACUACAAUGGGCUACUCAAGAAAACAGGCUUUUCGCAACUAAUUGAUUUUGAAGUGAAACGGGACGCUAAAAAAAUUGAAAAAUAUGCGAUAUACCUCACCUUAACAAGCGUAAGCAGUAACUUGUCAUCACUCUACAACGAAGCGAACAUCUCCAUUUUGUCCGAAAAGUCUCCAGAGAUUGAAUGGCUGCAAAUACUCAAUAAUGUGUUUUCAAUCGCCAAUAUAACCCUUGAAGGAAAUGAACCAGUAAUUGUGCUGCAUCCGCAAUAUGUUUAUGGUAUCGGGAAAAUUCUGAAGAACACAAGUUUAUCUACGCUGUAUAAUUACCUAUACUGGACACAAAUUCGGACACAUGGAUCUGUGUCGUCCAAGAAGUUUGGUCAGUUAGUAUCUGAAUUUGACGAAGAGGCAUUUGGAGUAGAAACAGUCACACCGCGUUGGAAGACGUGCCUCUCGGAAAUAUCAGGCGUAUUGAAACAUGCCCUAAUUCGUCUUUAUGUGGAUAAACAUUUUGAGCCCAACGCUAUACACACUGUGAACCACUUAGUGGAUGCCGUUAACAGUACUUUUCAAGAAAUGCUUCAAAAUAAUACAUGGAUGGAUUGCAGUACUCGUGAGGAGGCAUUAAACAAGCUUCAAAAAAUGAUUCGUAAAAUCGGUUAUCCUUACUGGAUUCUCAAUGACACGCAUCUUGAUCAACUUUAUGAAUAUGUGCCUAACCUUUCCUUGAACGACUCAUUUGUGAACGUAUUGCACAGUCUGAAGCAAAAUCACUUCAUUAAAUACCUUCAAAAUUUACGUCAACCAUAUAAGAGGGAAGAUCAGUGGCACCCUAGUCCGGCAGAAGUGGGCGCGUAUUACAAUGGACUGGUAAACGAUAUCACUUUCUCUGCUGGAAUACUUCAGCCGCCAUUUCUUCAAGACGAUAUUCCUUCAUCAAUCAAUAUGGGAGCAAUUGGAGCGGAUAUAGGCCAUGAAAUUUCUCAUGCUUUUGAUAACUCCGGUAACCAAUAUGAUGCUGAUGGAAAGCUGAGGAACUGGUGGACAGACGCCGCACAAAAGGAGUACCUAAACAGAUCUGAAUGUUUUGUACAGAUGUACAACGUACCUGUAAAAGAAGUCAACAUGACUGUAAACGGACGUUUUACUCUCGGUGAAAACAUUGCUGAUAACUCUGGUUUAACAGCAGCCUAUCUGGCAUGGAAAAAAUUCAAUGAUACCGAACAACUCCUUCAUGAUCUAGAAUACUUAACGGGAGACCAGCUGUUCUUCGUUUCGUAUGCCCAUAACUGGUGCACGAACAUCAGGGAAGGAAGGCUGCGACAUGAUAUCAUUAAUGACGUCCACAGUCCUGCCAAAUAUCGAGUGAACCUUCCAUUGGGAAAUUCUCAAGCUUUUCUGGAUGCAUUCCGCUGCAACAAGUCUUCACCCAUGAACAUUAAAAAUAAGUGCGUUCUGUGGUGACCAACUGUAGGUUCGAAAUAAAACUUCGAAUUGAAUAAAGGUGAACUGUAU